AUGGAACAUCUAUUCUACAGGGGCUGCUCCUCCAAACAAGAGACGAGAGCAGUUUCUGCAGUUGCUCUACAGGAUCAUAUAAUACACAGUCAUCAGCUGCAGGAUCUUUUAACAUAUUCUUCUGGGUCAAGGACAAGGAAUACCAAGAACUUUUACAAAUCCCAUGAAAAAUAAAUAGUCAGAAUAAUAGUAGAUACUGAACGAAGAAAAAAGAACAAAAGCAAGGAAGAUGCAGAAAACAAGGAUCUUCUUGAACCCAGCGCUCCACAGCUGACUAUUGUUGCUCAGAAAUCAGGAGUAGUUGAGCACCCUUCUUUGUCAUUUCCUGCUGAAGAAUGGGUAAAAAAAGAGAGAUCCACACAACAUGGAAAAUCCAUAUAGUGCUGUCCAAUACUCAGGAAGGAAUUUGCAAUUCAACCCAGGGUGCUGCAUUCAUGUUCCCAUGUAGUCCAUCAGUCAUGCCUGAAAACCUUUGAAAAAUUUACACGUAAAAAUUGUCCUAUAUGUAGAAAAGAGCAGUAUCAGACCAGAGUAAUACAUGAUGGGGCAUGCUUAGUUAGAAUUCAAGCUUCCUGGAGGGGAUAUAUUGUUAGAAAAGAGUCUAAAGACUUAAGGGAAGCAGUGCCUUCUAAGGAUAGAAAAUUAAGAAAGCAACUAUUUGAUAAAACAUUUUGCUGUAUUUGCUUCCUUGGUCUUUCUCCUUGGGGCGAUUCAGCUUCCUUAAACCAGAACUCCUGA